CGGGCAUGACCGCUCUUGGAGCUCUGACAGGAAACUUUCCCGUUGUUGCCCCGCUCCUCAGCUGCAGUCAGACCUCACAGCUCCAGCCGCAGUCUACCUUCUGAAAUGCACUUGACUGGACUCGGCGGAGUUUCUCAGCCUGUCACCCAGCCAUGGCUCCUCAUCAUCAUUCACCGACAGCACGCCACUGAGGAUAACAAAUAGCAACCCGGAGACUUUUCAAGGCUAAACUUCUUGGAAUUAAAUGACAUUUAUUUGCUUUUAACGCACAUUGGACGUGAGGAUGGAGGCGGCGUUUUACCUGCUUAUCUUCAUGUUGGCCCGGGUUAGUUGGGGUCUUGGGUAUGCGGAGUCCAGUGUCCAGACUGGACAGAGAGCGGCCAGCAGACACAGGAACUGGUGUGCCUAUGUGGUGACACGAACUGUUAGCUGUGUAAUGGAGGAUGGGGUGGAGACGUACAUCAAACCAGACUAUCAGCGCUGCACCUGGGGCCAGUGUCCGAGAGUUGCAUACCGGACAUACAGGAGGCCGAGGUAUAAGGUAGCUUAUAAGAUGGUGACAGAAAUGGAGUGGAGGUGUUGCCAUGGCUACUCUGGGGAAGACUGCCACGAUGGACCCAGGGUAACCACUGAGACUCAGGUCAAUGGAGGGCGACCACGUGUCACACAGACGGGCUACAACACAGGUGGUGAACAGAGAGGAGAAGGUGACUCUGAGAAGAUCAAACAGCUGGAAGAAACGAUCCGUGGACUGACCAGAGACCUCCACAAUAUGCAGACCACCAUUCACGGCAUGAACCAGAGGCUGCCUGGUCUGAAUGGGGCCCUUGUCCCUGCUGAUUCAGCCCAACCACACAUGAAGGAGACCAUCAACAACAUUCAGACAAAGCUGGACCAUCUCUACAACAGGACACAGGUCCAUGACCAGACCCUUCUCACCAUCAACAACCACCUCGUGAACGGAGGGGGCAAUGAACUGGAUGGAGUGGCCAGGGGAGGAGAAACUGGGGGAAACCAGCUCAACUCUCUGAAGGAGGAGAUACUGACAGAGCUGGAGAGGAGGGUAUCUCUGUCUUGCUCUGCCUGCCAGGCUGGUGUGGAGGAUCUGAGGCGCCAACAGCAACAGGACAGGGAGCGAAUCCAAGCCCUGGAGAAGCUGAUUGGCUCCAUGGACCAGCACCUGAGACAGAGCUUGGACAUCUCCCGCACUGAGACUGAACGAUUCCAGACCUGUUGCAACACAGUCACUGAGCUGGAGAAGAGGUUGUCUGAUGUAGAAGUCCGUGUAACCUCCACCGCUAACAAGUGUGACACUGUUAAAGGGCGACUAGACAAGGAGCUAGCUGGGACAGGUGGAGGAAAGGGAAGAGUGACAGAGGACAGGUUGAAUGGCAAAUUGAGAGAACUGGAGAAGAGGGUGAAUAACACAGUGAGAAAGGUGGAGCAGAGGUGUACUAACACUGGGAACAACAUGAAGGACACCGUCCAGAGAGAUGUCACACAGCUGCGCAAUAUGGUCCUGAGUCGGCUGGAUGACCACAGCUUCAAGAUUGGCAAGAUAGAGUUGGACGUGGCUGUUCUUGGAGAUACGGUCACUGACCACAGCCGACGUUUAAGUCAGGUGGAGAACAUCACAACCUUCCUCGACCGAAGGUUAACAUCUAUCACAAAACUGUGCAAUGAGACCUGUGGGCCUAAUGGAAAAGGCCCUAAGACUGAUGAGACUGUGAAAACAUUAGAGUGGAGAGUUGUGUCCAACCAAGAGGAGAUCCAGAAGUUUGAUACCAGGUUAAAAGAUUUGUCUGUGUCAGGGGACUCGCUAUUUGACAGAGUGAUCAACCUGACGAAGAGUGUCAAAAAGAUAAUAGAUGUGACAGGGGAGAACGGCGAGCAUUUUAACCGGGUUGUCACAGAAGUUGAAACAUUGGGUCGUGAUUUUGAAGACUGUUCUAUUUGCAGCAGUGUAGAGGAAGACUUACGCUCGCUCACAAACUCCACCAUGAGUGGCCUCAGCAAAUGCCAGGCAGAACUGACAGAUCUGCGGAGAAAGGUUGACUCGGGAGAAUCAGUCUGCUCUCAGGUGUGCUCCAACCUUCAGGAGGAGGUCGGACAACUCAGAGAGGAAGUGGAGGAGUGUACUGGGCAGUGUAAAACCAACAUGGAUGACCUAAAGAAACGCCUGGAUGGUCAUAGUAUCCACAGUGGAAGAUUAGGAGGGGAUCUGAAGUCCAUCCAAGGAGAGCUGGCUGGGGUCAUGAUCACAUUUAGUUCCAUCAACAAUACGCUGAAGAACUUGGGGAGGACUGUACAGACACAUGGGACCACGCUGGUUGAUCUGUCCAACAGCAAGGACAACAUCAUCUCUGUGGUGGACAACUUGCAGAAGGAGCUGACAGAGCACACUGACGAUUCAAGGAUUCAAUUCGGCAGUCUGGGCAAGGAGAUCCAAAUCAUAAGGAGCAACUAUGUGACCGAAGUGGGGGAGUGCCGGCGGUCCAGCGAUGGCCUGAACCGAAGACUAUCCAAGCUGGAGGAAGUGUGUGGCCGCUUCAACUCUUUUUCAGACAACCUGGAGAGGAUCAAGGAGGGCUUGAACCGACAUGUGUCUGGACUGUGGAGCUGCGUUAAUGGACUCAACGUCACAGUAACGUCUCAACGAGAUGUUCUUGACAAUAUCCAGAACGUCCAGCUGGAGAACAUCCACUCCAACAUACACACACUCAACUCCUCACUGGUGGACUUGGUCAAAGAGUUCCAUGGUUUCAAAAAGCAGGAUUUCAUGGGUCCACAUGGUCCCCAGGGGCCCCCUGGAGAGAGAGGCGAGCGUGGUCCUCAGGGUCCUGUAGGACCCCCAGGCCAGGUAGGACUUCCAGGCAGAGAGGGCAAGGUUGGACCAGCUGGACCCCCAGGUCUCAGGGGUGAACAGGGUCUUGCAGGGUCUGAUGCCCACGUGCCUCGUCUCUCUUUCUCUGCUGCACUGACUCGCCCGAUGAGAAGUGCAGGAACCAUAGUGUUCAAUGAGGUCUUUGCCAAUGAAGAUAAUGUCUAUGAUCCCAAAACAGGUUAUUUCACAGCCCCAGUGAGUGGGAAUUACUUCUUCAGCGGCAUCCUUACGGGCCAUAAGAACAUGAAGAUCGAGGCCGUGUUGUCCAAGUCCAACACAGGUGUGGCCCGGGUGGAUUCAGCUGGGUAUCAGCCUGAAGGCCUGGAGAAGCCCAUGUCAGAGGCCAAACACAUCCCUGGAGCUCUGGCUGUCUUCAACAUCAUUCUGCCCAUGGAGGCAGGAGACACAGUCUGCAUUGAUCUCGUCACUGGCCAACUGGCCUAUUCCUCUGAACCCUUGACCAUCUUCAGUGGGAUGCUGCUGUAUGAGACCAUCUGAUUGGAUGUAGUCUCAUUAGUCUGUCUGGGUGAAACUUUCAGAAUGAAAGCAUGUAAUUUGUCUGCUGGACUCUAAGAGACAGAGCCACUGGCUGAACAGUCAGAGAAACUGAAAUAACUGGACUGGAUUUAUUCAGCAAGGAGAAAAAUAUUUUAUAUUUUACUUUAUGUACUAAAACAGAAGGAACAGAAAUCCUUUUGAACCACAGUCAUAUUUUGUGUGUUUCACAGCUUUAAAGAAAACAAUUUGAGCAAAGAGCCAGUAUGUUCUUUAUUCUAUGAUGUUGUCCUCAGAAAAAAAAAAAAAGCCACUGCAGGGUCAACUUAUAAUUCCACAUGCUAUGCUAUAAACUUGAAUUCUUAAAUGAUUACACUAGCGUUCAGGUCCCACUUGUGUUCAUGAAAGGAAAUUCUGUAAGAUGGUAAUGUAAUGUAAUUCACCCACAGCAAAUCAAAUGUUUAGAGUUUAUUAGUUGCUUUUUUCAUGCUCACAGUUUAAAUUUGACCACAAGCAAAUUCCCAGAAACAUGACGCUGACCACCAAUUGUCUUGGAUGUAGGUAGUGUAUGUAGUGAUGUAGGCUGGGGGAACACAAUCCAAACCACUAUUCUUUACAAGGAAAUGGAGUCACUGACAGUUCGGUCAAGAAACCACAGGAUUUUAUAAAUCAUACAACAGCAAAACAAUGAGACCAUUUUUGGGCAUUAGCUAUGCCCAAAAACAUGAAGGGAGGUGGAGGAGGACCUAGGGGAAGAAAGGGGAUUAUUUUUUUUUCUUUGUCCUAAAAAAAGGUCAUCUAAACUUGGUGGAGGAUUAAGUAUUUAAAGUUAAGAUGCUGUUACUAUCAGAAUAUCUCACGAUGGAGUUUUUUGGGUAGCGCUAAGAAUAAAAAACAAUGAAGAUACGCAUACCCUUGUCUCUAUUCCACCUCUUUCAUGAAUACACACACUUCCUGCCCUUAGAAGUGUAAUUAAAAUGUCUUCAGAAGAACAUAUGUCCAUGAUAUCAAGUUUGUAGAUAUUCCCAAAUGGAUAUAAAAAGAAUCAUUGUACAUUUUGUGCCACAUGUUAUUUACAUUAUAUUUACAUUAUGGAAGUAAUACAUGAAUUAAUAUCAGCAUAUCAGGGUUUGCUCACAAUGCAUAUAUUUUCACUUUUUUUCCCUCAGUGUUCAGUGUAGGAAUGUAAUUUUAUAUGUUUCUAUGCAUUAUGUUACCUUGGAAGAAUGUAAAUAUUUUGGAGCAGUUUUGCCCUUGUAAGAUUUUUAUGAGUUACCACUUCACCUUGCCAGGUACUGUAUAUGUUUUGUAUGUUUUACCACAUGUGUGCCUGAAAUACAGAUACAAAUUUCGCACAGCU